CUUGUUCAAAUCUACGCGCGAUAUUCAGCAACCAUCAUCAUGCAGCGCAUAUUAUUGGUGUUCAGUUUAUUUGGCUGUGCUCUUGGACAAUAUGGUGCAUUUCAUGGUUUUCCAACACAAAAUGCUUAUCGAUCAACACCUAAACCAAUUUAUCAACAACCAACAAUACAAGCUACUCCUGGAAGAUUUAUAGCUAUACGUAGUCAACAAAAAGAUACAUAUCCAGAUGGAACUUAUACAUUUAGCUAUGAUACCGAAAACGGAAUUUCAGUUGCUGAAAGCGGAAGACCUCAAGGUGCUCCACCAACACAAACCGAGAUUGUUCAAGGAAGAUAUUCCUAUACUGCACCGGAUGGUACUCCUAUUAAUUUGGAAUAUACAGCAGAUGAAAAUGGUUUCCAUCCUCAAGGUGCACAUUUACCAACUCCUCCUCCUAUUCCAGAAGCAAUUAGACGAGCACUUGCAGCUAAUCCACCUGGACCUGAUGAUUCAGAUUAUAGACAAUCAUAUAAUCCAAAUCUUUACCGAAGAUAUUAAAUAAAAUAUUAAUUAAUUAAAUGAUUUUAAGAAUUUC